GCAGUCAAUGCCGUAAACGACACGCCCAGUCGCAAAGCUGGACGGUGACGUUUGCAAAUCUGAUGUUUGUGCUUUGCUGGAAACGCCACAUUCUCAAACAACAAAACACAAGCUUAAUUCAGAAGAAAUGGCGACGUUAGGAUAUUAAAAAGACAAGCUUGGACGUUUGUUUCGGAUUCACGCUUACUGGCUUCAACCCUGCUACCUGGAGGCCUGUUGUGAGAGGAAAUCCCCGGACUGAACUGCGACUCCAGGCCGGUCUGAGAGGACAUGCCACCGGAGAGAAAGCUGUUCAUAGCUCGCCUUUCUUCGCGUAUUUUACCCAUAAAACAAACGGCAAGUGCCUGAACUAAGACUAAAAGACUUACAUAAGACAUGAAACUGUCUAACUGACAUGAAAAUGUGUUCAUUUAGAUCGAGGAGGUGAGGUUUAUGGAGUGUUAGCAGACGGUGCUGAUAAACAGGCUUGCCAUUUCUGGAGCAUUUACAACUGAGGACUCGAAUCCAUCAGGAUGAACCGUUACCUGCCAGUGGCACGGCAGCACUUUCUGAGUGCACUCGCGAGCACGAGCGUAGUGGUCAAGUCCAUAUGUGCCACAGUGAUCCUGCUGUACCUGCUCUCCUGGGCUGCUAACACCCCUUACCUGCUUGGCGUCACACCUGGCUUCCUUUUCCCACCAAACUUCUGGAUUUGGACGCUUCUGACCCAUGCGGUGGUGGAGCAGCAUAUUCUCGGCAUGGCGGUGAACAUUGCUAUUGUGAUGGUUGCCGGACGGCUUUUGGAGCCAUUAUGGGGAGCGCUGGAGCUGCUGAUCUUCUUCGCCGUGGUAAACGUAGCAGCCGGUCUCCUAUCUGCACUGUCUUAUCUUCUCACCUAUGCUGCGACCUUUGACCUGGACUACCUGUUUGCCGUUCGGGUGUAUGGCACACCCGCUUUUCUGGGGGGUGUUCUUGUAGCUCUGAAGCAGACUGCAGGUGAUACCACAGUGCUUCGAGUUCCUCAAGUACGCUUGAAAGCCGCCCCGGCACUAGCCUUGCUAGCAAUAGCUGUACUGCGGCUAGCAGGGCUACUGGACACUUCAGCUCCGCUAGCAGCAUGCGGGUACGGUGCUCUGUCUGGGUGGGUUUACCUGCGCUUCUACCAGAGGCACCCUAGGGGGCGUGGAGACAUGUCGGACCACUUUGCCUUCGCCUCGUUCUUCCCAGAGGCGCUCCAGCCAGCAGUUGGCUUUGCAGCUGGGCUUGUGCACGCUGCCCUUGUGAAGAUGAAAGUUUGCCGUAAGAUGGUGAAGCGAUACGAUGUCGGGGCUCCAUCCUCCAUCACCAUCAGCCUACCAGGCACAGACCCACAAGAUGCAGAAAGACGGAGGCAACUGGCGUUGAAAGCUCUGAAUGAGCGUCUGAAGCGUGUGGAAGACCAGUCAGCUUGGCCCAGCAUGGAAGAUGAGGAGGAUGAUGAAGAUGAGGAGGUGCGAACGGACACUCCUCUCCUUUCAAGCCGAGAGACUUUGCCACCAGCACCCAGCACCACACAAAAUCCUACGGGACAACAGGAGUCCAGCAUCAUAAGUUUUGAAGAUGCUCCGACCCAUUCAUAACACA